GGUCAUGUGGUGGAGAGAAAAGGAUUUAGUGUGCAGUGUAGCGUACAGCGAAAAGUGUGAGGAGGGAACGAGAGAGAGAGAAUUCCCUACCAUGAUGGAGUUUUUGAAUAGUAUGAGGGGGGAACCCAACUACUACGGGAGCCUGGAGCGCCUUCCCCUGGCACCCGUGAGAGGCAAGCCCCCGCCGUACACCAGCAGGAGACAGCAGAGUAGGCGAGGGGGCGCUUUGAAGGGCAUCCGGGGGCUAUCAAGCAGCACUGGUGACCUUACAAGCAGCAGCAGGAGCCGAACCAACUCCAGCACCAGCAAUGACGGCGACUGGGAGGACUGGGGUGGAGGAGGUGGAGGUGGUGGAGGUGGUGGAGGUGGUGCAGGUGAUCUUGGCAUCCCCCUGAACCCUAGAGAUAUGAGUGACUCCCCCAUAGCCACACCAACACAGCCACACCACCAGAGACAUGGCAGUGUGACCUACAGCUACGUGGAACUGACCAGCGAUGACAGAAACAGCGAUCGUAGCCCUAGUCGAGAACGCAGCGCCCCCACAGCCCCAUCAACGCCUCAGCCACAGCACCAGAGACAUGGCAGUGUGUCCUACAGCUACGUGGAACUGACCAGCGAUGACAGAAACAGCGAUCGCAGCCCUAGUCAUGAACGCAGCGCCCCCACAGCCACGCCAACACACCCACAGCAACAUCAAGGGAGCGUGUCAUACAACUCCUAUGGAACCACCAGUGAACCCUCAGAGGCAAGAUUCAAGACUAACGGCAACACAGAAAGCAGCAACACAAGUCCGGCACAACAGAGACACGGCGGAAGGGAAGGAAGGGAACAGAGCACCAGAAGUAUCAAAACCCAGCAGGAGGAGAAACAGGGAAACAGAAACACUAAUGCCAACAGGUCACAGGAGAAAGCCAGUGGAAGGGAAGGAAGGGAACAGAUCACAAAAACCAACAAAACCCAGCAAGAGGAGAAACAGGGAACCAGAAACACUAACACCAAUGGAAGGGAGGGAAGGGAACAGAUCACAAAAACCAACAAAACCCAGCAGGAGGAGAAACAGGGAACCAGAAACACUAACACCAAUGGAAGGGAGGGAAGGGAACAGAUCACAAAAACCAACAAAACCCAGCAGGAGGAGAAACAGGGAACCAGAAACACGAACGCCAGUGGAAGGGAGGGAAGGGAACAGAUCACAAAAACCAACAAAACCGGACAGGAGGAGAAACAAGGAACCAGAAACACUAAUGCCAACAGAUCGCAGGAGAGAGCACGCGCCAAAUCAGGGGACACAUCGGACCCAGACACGGCCUCCCCAGCCAGCACGUUGGAGAGGCGGCCGAGGAGUGGAAGCGUGGGCAACACCAAGAGCCUGAAGAACUACCGGGAACUGGCCGCCAUCCCCGACCACACCCUCGUCAAGUGGAACCGCAGCAAAAGUAUGAGCGACGUUUUUACCGGAGACGAUGACGCUAAGGAAUUCGAGGAUAAGGACGGGACGAACGAGGGUAGAAGAAGACGUGCAGCUAGUUACAGUGACGUGAAGGAUACUGUGGCUAAGGACAGAGAGGAUAAGGAUAAGAUGAAGCACAGAGAGAGGUAUAAGGAUGCUGGUGAUAAGGAAGGAAGGAUUAAGGAUGCAAGGCGACACAUACCGAGUUACAAGGACGCCAAGGAUGCUACAGGCGAGGAGGGAAGGAGUGAAAAUGAGACCAGACACACAGCACAGUCCCCAUCCUUAAGGAGUAGGAGUGAGGGUCAGGAGGUCAAGGAUGCUGGUGGUGAGGAUGGGGUCAUUCACGUGGCCCGACCCAUCCUAGUGAGGGGUAAGGAUGAGUACGAGGUGGAUUACGUGAAGGAGGAUGAGGUCACCAUGCAGAGAGCUCACCAUAUUGUCCUCUCCUCCUCCUCCUCUUCCUCUUCCUCCUCACCAUCCUUCAGCAACCUGCCUCUCAUUAGACAGAGCGAUCGAGGCAGUGAUGGUGAGGGGGUGUUUGUGGCCACUCCCGUCUUCCUCGAGGGCAGCCCAACCUCCUCGCCUCCUCCUCUGGCCCCUUCUUCAUCGUCCUCCGUGGUGCACCAGGGAAGCCGUGACGAAGGAGCUGGACAGGACCCACUCAAGAGGGAGAAGGAUACCACCCUGUCCACGCUGCGUCGGGAGAUCCUUCACCUGACUCGCCUCAAGGAAGAGAUCGAACAGAACCUCAUCAAGAGCCAGGUGGAGCUGAAGAAACAGGUGAGCGGCCUACGGGAGGAGCGCGGGGGCCUGGAGGCGGAGAUGGAGGAGAGGGAGAGGCGUCUACAGGCCCAGGGCGAGGAGAUUAAGGACCUCAAAGACACCAUCGCACAGCUGCAGACCCUUGUGUUCGCCAGUGAUGGGGAGGUCAGGCUUCAGCGGCAGGCCAGCGAUCUCCUGGAGCAGCUGCGCGAGGAGAAGCGUCACCGCCUGGAGGAGAGGAAGGAGCUGCAGCGAGAGGUCCGGGCGCUCACCUCACGCCUGCAGGAGAAGGAGGCACAGCUACAGAAGUACAAGUCUGACCCGGCGCUCUCAUCCUGGGGCUCGGGGGGACUGGGGGGGCUGGUGAAGGGCGCUGUCGGGACCUGGAAGACGUCUUUACCAGAUGUACGGAGAGAGCCAUCACCCAGCUCCUUCAGCACAUCCUUGGCAGAGAAGAGGAGGUCAGUUUCCAGCCAGAGUGAUUCCUCCGAUGACAGCCACUCCACUGUGAUAUCCUCCACCUCAAGGACCUCCAGGGCAAAGGAUAACGUGUCUGGCAGGUUGACUGGGAGUGCCUUGAAGUCCUACAAGGCAAUGGAGUUCUUAGACAAGCCACACAUUGCACCAGUUAAGGAUUCAAGGAUGUCUGGAAAGCUUGACAAGGCACCAGUAGAAGGAAGGCCAAGAGGAGGUAAUGGGAGGUUAGACAAGGCAGUGGACUCCUUCAGAAAGUCAUAUAUUGCACCUGUGAGUGAUUACAGGGUCAACAGAGCUUCUACAAGGCGAGAAACAACAGCAGAACCCUAUGGAGAGCUUGACAAGGCACCAGUAAAAGGAAGACAAAAAGAAUCAUAUGUGGGGUUAGAUAAGCCAGUGGACUCCUUCAGAAAGUCAUAUAUUGCACCCGUUAGUGAUUACAGGGUCAACAGAGCUUCUACAAGGCGAGAAACAACAGCAGAACCCUAUGGAGAGCUUGACAAGGCACCAGUAGAAGGAAGACAAAAAGAAUCAUAUGUGGGGUUAGAUAAGCCAGUGGACUCCUUUAGAAAGUCAUAUAUUGCACCUGUGAGUGAUUACAGGGUCAACAGAGCUUCUACGAGGCGAGAAACAACAGCAGAACCCAAUGGAGAGAUUGACAAGGCACCAGUAGAAGGAAGACCAAAAGAAUCAUAUGUGGGGUUAGAUAAGCCAGUGGACUCCUUUAGAAAGUCAUAUAUUGCAACCGUGAGUGAUUACAGGGUUAACAGAGCUUCUACAAGGCCAGGCACAGCAGCAGCGCCCUUGGGAAAGUCUGACAAGGCACCAGUAGAAGGAAGACCAAAAGAAUCAUAUGUGGGGUCAGAUAAGCCAGUGGACUCCUUCGUAAAGUCAUAUAUUACACCCGUGAGCGAUUACAGGGUCAACGAAGCUCCUACAAGACCCUCUGGAAAGCUCAACAAGGCACCACUAGGAGAAGGAAGGCCCAGAAGUACUCCACUAUGGUCGGACAAGGCAGUGGAGGUCUCUAAGAAGUCGGACACUGCAGCAAUGGACACUGUCUCACACGCAGUCCCCUUGAGGCUUGACAGACCUUGGGAAUCAUCAAGAAACGCAAACAGACGACCCACAAGUAGAACAGACCCAGAUGUGGACUGCAGUGCGCCAAGCAAGUCCAGCGUGGUGACUCUGGACUUGGCGCCAACCUCACUGACAGCACCUUUGGGAGACGCCAUUCUCAGCGACACUGUAGAAGGCCGAAGGUACGCCGGCGAUGGCAGCGGCAAGGCCAGAGUGAGAACUACCAUCUAUUUGCAACUUGGGGACUACACAGGAUCGGGAGGAGGUAGAGAAGGGGACUAUGAGAAGGGGCUGAAAGAAGAGGAGGAUGGGAGGUCAGGGGGGUAUCAGAGAGGACUUAGAGAAGGGAGAGGUACAGAUUGGGACUCCAGAAGGUCAGGAAUCAAUGAGAGAGGACUAGGAGAAGGGGGAGAUAGAGAUGGGGACUUUGAAGGGGGAGGUGGAGAAGGGGAAUAUAGAAGGUCAGGGGACUUUGAAAGGGGACUCAGAGAAGGGGAAUAUAGAAGGUCAGGGGACUUUGAAAGGGGACUCAGAGAAGGGGAAUAUAGAAGGUCAGGGGACUUUGGUAGGGGACUGAGAGAAGGGGGAGGUGGAGAUGGGGACUACAGAAGGUCAGGGGACUUUAAAAGGGGAGAUACAGAUCGGGACUAUACAAGGACAGGGGGCUAUGAAAGGGGACUUGGGGAAGGGGACUAUAUGCAUUCAAGGGGCUAUGAGAAAGGACUAACAGAAGGGGACUAUGGGAGACCAGCGGGUAGCAAUGGGGACUAUUUGGAGUCAGAAAACUAUGCAAAGGAACCCAAAGAGACCCCACAGAACCUUGUCGGGAAGUCCACAACACCUCUAGUCCACCUCCACCACCUCCACCACACAGGGCAGCUCCCCCAACCACAUGUACUCAGACCAGUUGCACCUCCACCACCACAGAACACCACCAGGCUCCACAACGCUCCACCACAGGUCACAAGGGAACAGUUCAGAGAAAGACCACCACAACCCCUAUCACAGGUCAGGUCAGGCGAUGUGGAGGUGGAGGCAGGUUCAAGGACCUCGUGGAUGUACAAGCCUGUGGAGGGAUCGGGAGGAGCACCAGCGGAGGAAAAGAGGAGGAGAGAGAAAGUGGAAAAUGGAAGAGGAGUGGAAUAUGGAAGGAGAGAAAGAGAACCAGUUAAAGGAGUGGACUAUGGAAGAAGGAAAGACCAAGAAUUACGAAGUGGAUUAGAAAGUGGAAGAGGAGAGACCGAGGCAGAAAGAGGCAUGGAAUGUGGAAGAAGAACCAACCUCAAUCCACCACAUGCUAAGGAAGGUGGAAGGAGAGGAACAGAAUCACCAAGAGGGGUGGAAGACUGGAGAAAUCAAGCCUCAGAGUUACCAAGAAGCAACAGUAUCGCGAGCAGUGUUAGUGAGGCAGGGAAAGGGACACAGGCCACCUCAUACAUCGCAGCCACAAUACACUGCCUCCACAACAUAGCACCUCUACGCCACUUCUUCACGGAGGAGUUCAGGGCCCUGGGAGUGAGGAGCGAGCUGGCUAGGGCUGUCAGUGGAGUGUUUGCGGCCUUGGAGACUGGCAGGGGUAACCGGGAAGCAAUACAACGCCUGAGGGACGCUGUAGGACAUAGGGACAAGAUCUUUCUACUGCACCAAGACCCACCAGCUGCAGACUUCCUCCCGUGUCUUCUGGCCUGGUUACACAGCGACCUGGCCCCUGAGACACACCCACAAGGACCUCCAGCCUCGUCAGUGGUCUCCCGGCUGUUCCAUGGCCUGAGGGAGUCCCUGAUUGUGUGUCCUACGCGGGGGGAGGUCCUGUCGGUCGCCAUGGAGUCCUUCAACUUCCUAACUCUGUCCGUGCCCGGGGAAGGUGCCUGGACGCUACAGGAGCUGCUGGUGAGGAGGUUCCAGCCGCAGGAGAUGGUGUGGCAGUGUGGGAUGUGUGGGCGGCGGCACCCCUGCUCCCACCAGCCCCGCCUCCUGCAGCCGCCGCAUGUGUUGGUUCUGUAUCUGCGGCGGCCCUCCAGUGGUGCGGCGGCGGCCAGGGUGUUGUUCCCCGAGGGCGGCCUGGCGUUGCAACUCUACCAGAAACACCACCAACACCUUGAGGCCAGAACAUUUAGGUCUCCCGAGUACCAGCUGGCGGGCGUGGUGACUCGUGAGGGGGGCGAGAGUGGCAGCGUCAGCCACCACUCAGCCUUCUACAGGGGUACAGAGAAAGGCGUCUGGAGCGUGUGGGGGGAACAGAGGACAGCCGCUGUGUCAAGGCGGGAGGUGUUGUCACAGCAGGCCGCCCACCUCCUCUUCUACACCCAGCAGGAAGAGGAGAGUCAGCAGGUGUCAGGUAGCAGCAGGGUGAGAGGAAAGGCAGCAAGAGGUGGUUCUAGGGAUGGAAGGUUAGAUACUGGUGUUUGAGGGGAAGGAAACUGUUAAUAUUCUCCUUUGUCAUUGAGCAGGUGUCAGGCAGCAAGAUUAGAGAAGUUGUAUCUCUUGUUCGUGUCCAGCAGUGAGGUAAUGAUAGGUUGUAUGUAUGUGUAUAAGGGUAAGAAAAUUGUACCUACUUACAUAUUCAGCAGGAAGUAAGGUGACAAGAGGGACUAUAAGGAGAACCAAGUGCCAGUAUUACCACCUUCAUAUUGUUGUUCAUAGUCUAGAAAUGUAACCUUGAUAAAAACACAGGUACAUGCCUCAUCCAGCGCUCACAAGGCAAAGCGAGUCAUCAGGGGCUGGUGCUUUAUGUUGGUUUUCCAUGCCAAAUCCAACACAGGUACUUAAUGUUAGUGCUGACAGAGUGAGAGAGGAGCUGUAGCUUUAUCAAGGUUGAAGGGGGAAUCACUAUAGAAUGCAUGGCAGUGUAGGGUCUAAGGGGAAAGAGGUUAACCAAAUUUAAACCUUUUUAUUCAAGAUAGGUGAUGUAACUGGUUUGCACUCAUGAAUGCUGAUAUUUCAAUACCUCAAAGAGUCUCCGGAGAAAGGGUCGCCUCCUCGCCACCACUUGAAAAUUUAUAAAAAAAAGAAAAAAACAAACAAUAAUAGUAAUUUGGGGAGCCCUUUGGACUUUACGCAUCAUCUCUCACUCUAAACCAGCAUCCUGCCAGCUCCGAGAUCACGUGAUGGGGUCUUUGUGGAGGGUGAUGUAGGGAAGAAUGUGGCUGCAGAACUGUUCCCCAUGCUUUCUUGAUGGCUUGCUAAAUGUCUUGUUUCAUCUUGCUUGGUUUUUCUUCAAUACAUCUUGCUUGCUGGUCUUUGCUUCCAUUGUUUUCUUCAUUGCUUGCAUGCUUCAUUACUUUUCUUGCUUGCUUUCUUCCUUCCUCUACACCUUUUCUGUUAACCCGUCCGCUGUGAUUGGCACGGAUUUUGCCAUCACUGGUAGCCUGGUAACAUACACUCCCAGGUCUUUCUCUGCCUCUGUGGUGGAUAGUGGAGUGUUUCCCAUGUGGUAUUGGUGUGCUGGAUAUCCCUUCACUGGUAGCCUGGUAACAUACACUCCCAGGUCUUUCUCUGCCUCUGUGGUGGAUAGUGGAGUGUUUCCCAUGUGGUAUUGGUGUGCUGGAUAUCCCUUCACUGGUAGCCUGGUAACAUACACUCCCAGGUCUUUCUCUGCCUCUGUGGUGGAUAGUGGAGUGUUUCCCAUGUGGUAUUGGUGUGUUGGAUAUCCCCUCCCAAGGUGCAGGACUUUACAUUUCUUCAUUGACUUGUAGCAGCCACUUUUUGCUCCGCUCCUGUAGCUUGGUGAUGUCUUCUGGCAGGAAAUUUACAGUCAGCAGAUUAAAUGGUUUCAUGCCAGCUUCCUCACAGUUGUCUGAAAAUAGAAAGAUGAUAUUUGUUCAAUGGUGCAAACAACUUCGUCUAUUGCAACAUUUGGCAUUUUGAUUUUUAUGAGACCAAAACAAUUAUUAUAAUCUUAAGCUAUACUAAAGAUUGAAUGUAUGUUUACUCUGAAUGUAGAGUCAUGUGUGAUAUCUCAUUUAUGCUUAUUUUUUUGUAUUACCCUUUGUAUUUGUAUUUUUUAAGAUUUUUUACUUAACAUUCUUGCUCAAACUUGCCCUUCCUAUAUAGAGAGUCCUGAGAAGGGCCCCCUGAACUUCAUCUAGUGUGUCCUUUUCAAACUUGCCCUUCCUAUAUAUAGAGUCCUGAGAAGGGCCCCCUGAACUUCAUCUAGUGUGUCCUUUUCAAACUUGCCCUUCCUGUAUAUAGAGUCCUGAGAAGGGCCCCCUGAACUUCAUCUAAUGUUUCCUUUUCAAACUUGCCCUUCCUGUAUAUAGAGUCCUGAGAAGGGCCCCCUGAACUUCAUCUAAUGUUUCCUUUUCAAACUUGCCCUUCCUGUAUAUAGAGUCCUGAGAAGGGCCCCCUGAACUUCAUCUAAUGUUUCCUUUUCAAACUUGCCCUUCCUGUAUAUAGAGUCCUGAGAAGGGCCCCCUGAACUUCAUCUAAUGUUUCCUUUUCAAACUUGCCCUUCCUGUAUAUAGAGUCCUGAGAAGGGCCCCCUGAACUUCAUCUAAUGUUUCCUUUUCAAACUUGCC